AUGGCUUCUUGCUUCUUUUCAGCUCUUUGCUGGGUCUGUUUGGAUGUUGGCUCUCUGGUCUUUGAAGCUCCAACCAUGCCCCAAAUAUCAAAACCAUUCAUAGUUGCACUCCUUGGACCUGCAUUGUUCCACACAAUAGGCCACAUCUCAGCAUGUGUCUCAUUCUCUAAGGUGGCUGUUUCUUUCACCCAUGUAAUCAAAUCUUCAGAGCCUGUUUUCUCGGUUGUCUUUUCGUCGUUCGUAGGCGAUUCGUACCCUUUACAGGUCUGGCUUUCAAUCCUCCCUAUUGUCUUGGGUUGUUCUCUAGCUGCAAUUACUGAGGUGUCAUUCAAUUUCCAAGGCCUGUGGGGUGCGUUGAUUAGCAAUGUUGGGUUUGUGUUGAGGAAUAUUUACUCAAAACGCAGUUUACAAAACUUCAAGGAGGUAGAUGGGUUGAAUUUGUAUGGUUGGAUCACUAUACUUUCACUCCUCUAUCUGUUUCCUGUUGCUAUUUUUGUUGAAGGGUCUCAAUGGGUUCAAGGGUAUCACAGAGCUAUUGCAACUGUAGGAAAACCAUCCACAUUUUACAUAUGGGUGUUGUUAUCUGGAGUGUUUUACCAUCUCUAUAACCAGUCAUCUUAUCAGGCUCUUGAUGAAAUUAGCCCCUUGACAUUUUCAGUUGGAAACACAAUGAAGAGAGUGGUGGUAAUUGUAUCUACUGUGUUGGUGUUCAGAAAUCCAGUUAGACCUCUUAAUGCACUUGGAUCCGCCCUUGCGAUAUUUGGGACUUUCCUGUAUUCACAGGCAACAGCAUCUAAAAAGCAAAAGGGCGGUGAAAAGAAGAAUUGA